UUCUUUUGUCUCAACAUGAAUCCAUAAUCCAUAUCUCUCUCAAUUGCCACACCGUGCUUUGAUACCAAGACCGCCACCAAUAUCGCCAACGAUGAGGUUCGGUCGUCAGCUUCGAAGCCAAACCUAUAAACCAUGGGAGGACAAAUACAUCGAUUACGACAAGCUCAAGAAGCUGCUGAAAGAGCCCGGAUCCGACGUCGGCUCGGACAAUGAGGACGACGGCAAGUGGACAGAUCAAGAUGAGGAAGACUUCGUUGAAGAGCUGGUGAAUGUCCAACUUGAGAAGGUCAAUACUUUCUCAACUGAGAUCUCUCAAAAUCUCAAGGACCGGUCCGCCAAAUGCGAAGAGCGCCUCUACCCACUAGGGUGGGUUUCGAAAGGAGAGCAUCACGCGGAACCCGGCAGGGAGGACAAAGGAAAGGUACCGGAAGAGGAGCGGAAGGAUAUCUUGGAAGACGUCUUGAAGGAGUUAGACUCAAUCACGAACGAACUCAGCGAGCUGGAGAAGUAUGCCCGUAUCAACUAUACUGGCUUUUUGAAGGCCGUGAAGAAACAUGACCGGAAGAGAGGCCAAUCCUACCGCGUCCGCCCCCUUUUACAGGUCCGGCUCUCUGCGCUUCCAUUCUAUACAGAAGACUACUCUUCUCUGCUGUAUCACUUGUCGGUCCUGUACUCGUUCAUUCGCGAGAGCCUGGAGGGGAAAGCGGCCGGAGGCGUUCAAUCCGCCGAUGAGCAGGUUGGUGGGCAAAGCUCACAGUCCUACAAAUUUUGGGUCCACCCAGACAACCUCCUCGAAGUUAAGACGAUCAUCCUCCGGCGUCUUCCAGUCCUCAUCUACAAUCCCCAGACGUCCAAAGUCGCCGAUGGGGCCAAAAAUGACCCAACACUCACCUCCGUCUACUUUGAUAACCCCAAGUUUUCGCUAUACUCGUCAAAAAUCAGCCAAGAGAAUGGACCAGCAUCACUCCGCCUGCGGUGGUACGGACAUCUUGCGGAUAAGCCCGAUAUAUUCGUGGAAAAGAAGAUUAUGCGAGACAACAACACCAGCGAGGAGACAAGGUUCCGCAUCAAAGAGAAAUACGUUCAACCGUUCAUCUCAGGGGAGUAUCACAUGGAGAAAUCCAUUGACAGGUUGAAACAAAGGGUUGGGGACGACUCGGAGCAGGUUACUCAGUUGGAGCACUCAGUGGAAGAAAUCCAGUCGUUCAUCAAAGAACAGAGCCUUCAACCAGUAUUGCGCGCGAACUACAGCCGUACUGCAUAUGAGGUCCCCGGCGACCACCGCAUUCGCAUCUCGCUCGACACCGACCUCUCGUUCAUCCGCGAAGACGCCAUCGACCAUGACCGGCCCUGUCGCGACCCCAGCGACUGGCAUCGAGGCGACAUCGAUGCCAAUCAAAUGGAAUACCCCUUCUCCCAAAUCCGAAAAGGCGAGAUCGACCGCUUCCCCUUCGCCGUCCUCGAAAUCAAGAUCAAAGGCGGCCAAAAAUACGAAUGGCUCAACGACCUCAUGGACUCCCAUCUUGUCACAUCCGCGCCCCGCUUCUCCAAAUUCGUCCACGGCGUCGCCCUCCUCUUUGAAGACUAUGUCAACACCUUCCCCUUCUGGCUCAGCGCCCUCGAAACCGACAUCCGCCGCGACCCACAGGAAGCCUUCCACGAAGCCCUGAAACGCCGCCAACGCGAAGCCGAGAACGAGCACGCCAUUGGCAGCCUCUUCGGUCCCGGCCGGUCCCCCUCCGCCUUCCAACCCGGAACCAUCUCCCCCGCCAGCUCCAUCCCGAAAUCCACCCCCACCAAAGUCCACCCCAGUUCCUCCGCCAUAUCCCACACCAGCCUCGCGCAAAUGACCCGUGCCGCCGCCGCCGAGAACGCCGGGCCCGACCGCGCCUUCACCAUCGACGAAGCCGACUCCGACGACGAAGACCGCGCACCGGGCGACGGCCACGGCAGGCGAUUCAUGCACUUCCUCGUGCCGUCCUUCUCGACCAGCAAAUACGCGCGGUGGCAGCGGCGGCGGGAAAAGCAGCCUCGACUACCCCCGGGCGUCAGCCAGCCGGAGGUGUGGUUGAAGGACAAGGGGCCGGUGCAGGUGGAGGCGAAGGUGUGGCUCGCGAAUCAGCGGACGUUUAUUAAGUGGCAGAACGUGUCGGUGUUGCUGGCGAGUUUGUCGCUGGGGUUGUAUAAUGCGGCGGGAGAGAGCAACACGGUUGCGAGGGCGUUGGCGAUCGUAUAUACGCUGCUUGCGGUGUUUGCGGGGGUGUGGGGAUGGGCGGUGUAUCAGUACCGAAGCCUCUUAAUAUAUAACCGGAGCGGGAAGGAUUUGGAUGUGGUUUGGGGGCCGAUGGUGGUUUGUUUUGGGUUGGCGGCGGCGCUGUUGUUGAAUUUCGGACUCAAGUACCGGAACUUGGCCGACAACAACAAUCCUGAUCAGAACAAUUCGACCCUUCUCCUUCAACCCAUCCUUCAACACUCUAGCCUGCUCAACCAGGAACUCUGAGUUGAUAUCGCGCCAUUGGUCGGUAGACUAUGGAACCUUGAAAGAGUCAUCAACUGCGAUGUUUAUUGUUUACGGAUAUUGGCCAGUUACAGAUGUGGACUGGAUGCCGUAGAUAUCAUAUAUUAUAUUCCCCCCGCCCCUAAGCCUAAGUCUCCAUUUUAGAAGCGCAUUUUAAUGUCGAGGAAUGCUUACAACUCCUAAUUCGACACUAUCCAAGCCGUUGCAUGGUGAUCAAGACCUCUGAAUGAUGCCGGUAGUCCUUCCGAGGGUUGAGUUGGUACGGCUAAAUGGGUUGAGGAAGGGAUUAAGCUUGGUUACGGAGAUAAAGCCAAAGGGUUAUUGAAUUUCCAAUGUCAUCUCAUGAUGUUUACGUAGUAGUUUGGCUGUGGCUGUGCGGUCGUUCCCUUGAUAUCAGCACUUUGAUAUUAUGGUAACUUUUCAGGUUUGAUGCG